AUGUCAUCGGCGAACGCCGAUGUUUUCAAUCAUGUUGUGUAUACUUGUCAAAAAGCAGGGUUGCCAGAUGGUCACAACGAUCUUCCCUGGAAUCUACGUCGAUUCGGACACGGUAGUAUUGCAGGGGUCAAUUUAAGCUCAUCGGUAGCUACAAUUGACCCUUGGGCCACGUCACCCUGGUCCCAGACCGAUAUCCCGCGACUGAGGAAGGGGCAGCUGGGUGCCCAGUUUUGGUCAGCGUAUGUUCCUUGUGGGGCGCAAGGUCUGGAUGCAGUGCAGAUUGUUCUAGAACAAAUAGAUUUGAUUCGCAGACUAUCUGAGCUGCAUCCGAGGCACUUGUCACUAGUCACCUCAACCAAAGGCAUUUUGGAAGCUUACAAAGCCGGUAAAAUAGCUUCGUUAAUAGGAGUGGAAGGUGGACAUGCUAUCGACGGAUCUCUCUCGGUUCUAAGAGCCUUGCAUAUGCUGGGAGCACGAUAUUUGACAGUAACCCAUUCUUGUGACACCAGCUGGGCUGGUGCAGAAGAUUCGGAAAGAGGCCUAAGUGAUUUUGGCAGAGAAGUGAUACGCGAAAUGAAUCGUCUAGGAAUUAUGGUAGAUUUAUCCCACGCCUCGUUGACUACAGUUAGAGAUGUAUUAAAUGUAACCAGGGCUCCAGUAAUUUUCUCACAUUCUUCUGCCAAAGCUUUGUGUAAUGCAACACGUAAUGUUCCUGAUGAUAUUUUGACUUUACUUAAAGAUAAUGGAGGAUUGGUAAUGAUUAGCUUUUAUUCUUUUCACAUUGCUUGCGGUCGUACAGCAAGCAUCGCUGAUGUUGUAGAACAUAUAAAGCAUAUACGAAAAAUAGCAGGAAUAAAUCAUAUUGGUUUAGGUGCAGGAUAUGAUGGCAUUGAUGUGACCCCAAGAGGUCUUGAAGACGUUUCUCGAUACCCACAUCUGCUUGCUGAGUUGCUAGAGGAUCCUACCUGGACGGAGGAAGAUGUUGCUUUGAUAGCCGGAGGUAAUUUGUUGCGAGUUUUAUCACAAAAUGAAAAAUUAACGGAACAGUGGCGAUUAGCGGCGGUUCCGCCAACGGAAUAUAUUGAUAACACUAUAAUUUCACAGUGUUCGAGAUCGAUGACAAAAUCAUGA